GUAUUGAGCACGCCUUUACGUAUCCAGUCACCUUUCUCUCUUCGUGACCGUAGCAUAUGUUUUGCGACGUGAAUGGAGCUCUCGCGGCUUUGAACGGCGCUCCAUAACAAGCUCCUUGUCACUUAGUAUCUCAUUUCAAAAAAAAAAAAAAAUUUUUUUUAUAUCUCAAUUUUCUUUAAUUUUAAAAAUCAUCAUUCCUAUUUCCACAAGUGUGAUUUUUACCCCGGAAAAGUGUAUUUAUUUUUUAAAAUAAUAAUUCCUCAAAAAAAAAUCACGUGCUUUGCUGAAUUUUAAGAGCGCGGUUUUUUUUUUAAAUAAGUGUCUUCACGGAGUCAAUUGUCGCAUGAAUGAGUGCACGGGGGAAGGGAAAGAUUGUUUUGCGGUUUUAGAAACAAGAAGUUGGGGAAAAUAAAAAAGUUUUGAAAGUUUAAACGUUUUAGAAAAACCAGAAAAGACAAGAUGAUGAUGUUUCUAAGCAGCAGUAGCCUCUUGCUCGUUCUGGCUGUCAUCUCGCAGACCGAAUGUCAAAGGAAUACGCCAAGAAGUCCUCGUGCCAGUCGAAAUGAAGGCGGACUCGAAUUUGAAUGUCCGGAGGAAUUUGGUUACUAUCCACAUCCAAGGGAUUGUACACAGUAUUACGUUUGUGUCUUUGGUGGAGCUCUACUCGAGUCAUGCACUGGUGGUUUAAUGUACAGCCACGAGUUGCAGACUUGCGAUUGGCCACGGAACGUAGGCUGCCCAGAACAAAAUUUACCAAAAGAUGACAUUGAAGAUCCUCUUUUGGAACGAGCUGCGAAGGCCGAGUCAAUUCAACAGCAACAACAGCAAAGGCCAACGCAAAGACAACAACAAAAUUCAGUGACAGUCUCGGCACCACCAUCGUCGACAAUUCCCGAACGACAAUUCCGACAGAGACAACAUCAGAGGACCUAUCAUGACGAGGAAUAUGAGCCAGCAUCGGAAAUUGAAAGUGAUCGACAGCAAAGAGUCUAUCGAGGUCAACCAUCAACGAUCGGUCAAGUUCAACGUGAUCGUGAUGGUCUACGAAGAAAUAUCAUUAGCGAAAGAGAAAAGGACAGCAUUAUUAAUUCGAGAGCUCAAACUGAGAGUCACUACAGAAGAGCACCAUCAGAAUCGCCAAGAACUGUUAAAACUACAGCCUCGACUGCAGCGCCAGUUCCAGCGCCAUUUUCGAAAAACUAUUACAAUGAUCCCGAUCAAAGUUAUCCAUUCUAUACAAUUUAUGAUGAUGAUGUCUCUAUUUAUAAAGAUGACGAUUACAACCAAUACACAGUGAACCAUACACUACCGGUUCAACAUCAAAGCGUGAGAAUAAGUGACGUGUCAUCGAACUCAAAGCAGUAUCAUCAAAAGCCGAAGAAGGUUACUGUAAACGAUGCUGACAAGUACAACCUGAAUCAAGACGUCACAGUUCAGGAUUACGACAUUUACGACAAUCAGGCUCAACUAAAUAAGAAUAAAUUCCGUCUCACCGACACUCAACAAUCAAUUAGGACCAACAUUUUAAGCCAUCCAGUUGUUCAUGUGACAACACCAAAUUCAAUUGUUGAUUCGUAUAUUUCCCUAACAACAACAACACAACCAACACCAACGACUGUUCGUCAAUAUUCUAUAAGUGCUCCCAGCCGGGGUCGACCACAAGUUAACCGUGGUACCGCACCACCACGUUCGCGACCAACUUUAAAACCAUCGACGGAAAUUGUCUCCAAGGCCCAAGAAUUUGUUGACAUCUAUAGACAUCCAGCUGUAAGACCGGCGCCAAUUUAUCCCACACCACAAGUUGAUAAACCAGCCGCCAGAUGUCGUAAAGAUGUUUGCUUAAUACCAGAUUGCUCGUGUGGUGGCGCUGACAUUCCAGAUGGCAUUGAUGUGAAUAAAACGCCACAAAUUGUUCUUUUAACAUUCGACGAUGCUGUUAAUGAUUUAAAUAAACAAUUGUACGCGGAUUUAUUUGAAAAGGGGAGAAAAAAUCCCAAUGGUUGUCCAAUAUCGGCAACAUUCUACGUUUCACAUGAAUGGACCGAUUACAGUCAAGUACAAAAUCUUUAUGCCGACGGCCACGAGAUGGCGUCUCACACUGUCUCGCACAGUUUUGGAGAGCAAUUCUCAGCGAGAAAAUGGGCGAGAGAAGUUGCUGGACAACGGGAAAUUUUGGCAGCCUAUGGAGGUGUUAAACUCGAAGAUGUUCGCGGAAUGAGAGCACCAUUCCUCUCGGUUGGUGGCAAUAAUAUGUUCAAAAUGCUCUGGGACUUGAACUUCACUUAUGACUCGUCAAUGCCAAUAUAUGAGAAUCGUCCUCCAAGCUGGCCAUACACAUUAGAUUAUAAACUCUUCCACGAUUGUAUGAUACCACCUUGUCCAACAAGAUCGUAUCCUGGUUUAUGGGAAGUUCCCAUGGUAAUGUGGCAGGAUCUUAAUGGCGGUAGAUGUUCAAUGGGUGACGCAUGCAGCAAUCCACCAACACCCGAUGGCGUUUAUAAAAUGCUAAUCAAGAAUUUCGAACGUCACUAUACAACCAACAGGGCGCCAUUUGGACUUUUCUAUCAUGCAGCAUGGUUCACACAGGCGCAUCAUAAAGAAGGUUUCUUAUCAUUCCUGGAUACAAUUGUCGCAAUGGACGACGUUUGGGUGAUAACAAAUUGGCAAGCAUUGCAAUGGGUGAGAAAUCCAACUCCCCUUGGUCUUCUCGAUAAUUUCGAACCAUUUGGCUGCAACUAUCCGGACAGGCCAAAGAAGUGCAAUAACGCGAAGGUCUGCAAUCUUUGGCACAAGAGUGGCGUUCGAUAUAUGAAGACAUGUCAGGCAUGUCCGGACAUUUAUCCAUGGACGGGAAAAACCGGAAUUCGCAGCAGUCGUAUCGAUAAUGAAAUCGACACUCACGAAUGAGAUGAAAUAAUUGCCAGAAAAUGAGAGAAAGAGAGAGAGAGAAAGAAAAAAAGAGAGCGAGAGAGAGAGAGAGAA